AGUGGCGCACAGCACUGCCAAUUCUAUCCUUAGGGGCCAGACAGUAAGCAGCCAUCUAUAUAGUCCCGGGGGAGGGGAGCAGUGAUACUAUGAAAUAUCACUUAACUCCUUACACUCCAUGGGACGGGCACUUUGGGUAUAAUGACCUGAACUGACAGCUGGAUCAUCAGACUUGCGGUCAGUUCGGGACAUGUGACCAUAAUAUAGAGGAUCUGCCCCGACAAGUAUUCACCUCAUCAUCCGAGAGCAAGAAGAUAAAUCAUGUGCAGGAAUAUCCCCUCAAAUGUCUCCAUAUAACAUCCUGGAAUUGUAUAGAAUUAAAUGUUUAUUCACAAUACAGGUUCCUAUAAGGUGUCAGGACGUGGCGGUCUAUUUCUCCAUGGAGGAGUGGGAGUAUGUAGAAGGACACAAGGAUCAGUACAAGGAUCAGGUCAUGAUGGAGGAUCAGCAGCCCCUCACAUCAUCAGUCAGAUCCAGUAAGAGAACAGCACCAGAGAGGUGUCCCUGUCCUCUAAAUGAGCAGAAUAUAGAGGAUAUUACUACAGGGAAAGAUCUGAUCUAUAUUAAUGCUACAAACAUAAAGGAAGAAGAAGAAGAGACAGAAGUGAGCGGUGAUGAGCAGUAUAAGGAGGACAUUCCUACAGGGAAAGAUCUGACCUAUAUUAAAGCUACGAACAUAAAGGAAGAACAAGAGACAGAUGUAAGCAGUGAUGAGCAGUAUAAGGAGAACAUUCCGACAGGGAAAGAUCUGAUGUAUUUUAAUGCUACAGACAUAAAGGAAGAAGAGAAAGAUGUGAGCGGUGAUGAGCAGUAUAAGGAGGACAUUGACAUUCCUAAAGAUUCUUGUAGCAGGAGAUCAGAGGAGAAUCUUCUAUCUUCAGAUUAUAAAGCAGAUGAUGAUAUCACACAAGAUACAUAUGAAGAACAUUCCAUUAUCCCAGAUACACCCUCAGCCCUUCACAGCCAAGAUCUGUCAUCUCAUCCUUAUAUACAGGUCCUGUCUUCUCAGUCAUCACAGGAUGUUCAGCAAAAUAAAAGCCACAGAAGGGGUGUUACACAUAAAAGAGCUCAAAGAGGAAAGCCAUGUUCAUGUUCAGAAUGUGGGAAAUGUUUUACAUUUAAAUCAGUUCUUGUACAUCAAAGAACUCAGACAGGAGAGAAGCCAUUUUCGUGUUCAGAAUGUGAAAAAAUUUUUAAGCGGAAAUCACAUCUUGUUCAACAUGAAAGAACUCACACAGGGGAAAAAACAUUUUCAUGUUCAGAAUGUGGGAAAUGUUUUGCUCAGAAAUCAAUUCUUGUUCAACAUCAAAGAACUCACACAGGGGAGAAGCCAUUUUCAUGUUCAGAAUGUGGGAAAUGUUUUACUCAGCAAUCAAGUCUUGUUUAUCAUGAACAAAUUCACACAAGAAAGAAGCCAUUUUUAUGUGUAGAAUGUGAGAAAUGUUUUACUAAGAAAUCAUAUCUUGUUGUACAUCAAAGAACUCACACAGGAGAGAAGCCAUUUUCAUGUUCAGAAUGUAAAAAAUGUUUUAAUCGGAAAUCACAUCUUGUUCAACAUCAAAGAACUCACACAGGGGAAAAAACAUUUUCAUGUUCAGAAUGUGGAAAAUGUUGUACAAAAAAAUCAGAUCUUAUAACACAUCAAAGAACUCACACAGGGGAGAAGCCAUUUUCAUGUUCGGAAUGUGGUAAAUGUUUUACUCAGCAAUCAAGUCUUGUUAAUCAUGAACGAAUUCACACAGGAGAGAAGCCAUAUUCAUGUGUAGAAUGUGAGAAAUGUUUUACUAAGAAAUCAUAUCUUGUUGUACAUCAAAGAACUCACACAGGAGUGAAGCCAUUUUCCUGUUCAGAAUGUGGAAAAUGUUUUGCUCAGAAAUCAGAUCUGGUUAAACAUCAAAGAACUCACACAGGGGUGAAGCCCUUUUCAUGUGCAGAAUGUGGGAAAUGUUUUACUGAUCAAACAAGUCUUAUUCAACAUCAAAGAAAUCACACAGGAGAGAAGCCAUUUUCAUGUGUAGAAUGUGAGAAAUGUUUUAUUUGUAUUUCAAAUCUUCGUAAACAUCAGAAAACUCACACAGGGGAGAAGCCAUUUUCAUGUUCAUAAUGUGGGAAAUGUUUUAAUUGUCAAUCAAAUCUUCUUAAACAUCAGAAAACACACACAGGGGAGAAGCCAUAUUCAUAAUGUGGGAAAUGUUUUAUUGAGAAAUCAACACAUUAGACAUUUAAGAAUUCCUACAGGAGAGAAGCCAAUUGAGAGCAAUAAAUGAUGCAGAUAACACAUCUAUAUAUUCACCAUGUACAUAGGAUAUCUGACAUUUAUACAUAUAUCAUAUACUGCAUCUCCAAACUUGUUACCAAUUGUUAAUAAAAGUUUUCUUUUCGGACGUAGUCACCGAUCCAGCGAUGUCAUCACUAUAGUUUACAUGGUAGGAGAAGAGUGUGAUAUAUGGUCAGGGGUGAGGAAAUUUAAUUAAAAAAACUACUUGUCCAUGGGACUAAAAUGGAGCAAAAUCUACUUGUCCCUCCUGAGGAUCCACUUGUCCUCUUUUACACUCUUGUUCUUUCCUCCUCACCCGAUAAUAACCAUAACUACCUACUAUAAUGAUAUCUUUUAAUUUUG